UAGCUGCCUUUAAUCUCCCAGUUUAGACGAUAUUUACGUGGUUUUCGCUUAAAAACGGAGUUUGCCAGAGAUUGUAUCGAGAAAACAUCGAAAUCGAUGGUGGAACAUUUAAAAAUAACCGCAGAUGACGCGUAAGCAGAGCCCUGCGUAUUCCUGUGGGUGGAGAUGUUGAUAACGAGGACAUCUUGCAUGGCCGACUUAGGCUGGUGAUGUAGUUUAUGUACAGUGUUUAAUAUGUUAGUAAGGUCGAGAGAGUGUUGAAUUUGUGCAUACGAACCCCGUUUGUGGCAACAAAACCGUUGCUGCUAAUUGAGAGAAGAGUUGCAACCCUUUUCUGCGUCAGCUGCGGUUUCCACCUUUCUACACAUGCAUUCAUUGCUGGUCAGCAGACCCAACGCUGUGGAUAAAUUCAUGGAGCUAGGCUAGGUUAAGGUCGGACAAACCUUUAUCGCCAUCCAGGAACGCAGAGCAGCUUUAAAACUACUUCGGCCUCGGAUGUGUGUUUGUGACUUUUAUUUUGCCACAGAACAACGUUAGAGGGCGCCGUUUGUUGUUUGUGGGAACUCCUUACUACCUUUUUCACCCCACUAGUGGUAAACAAAUAAGGGAGGCGACAUGGUGGUCAAUACCAUCCACUGGUUCAGGAAGGGACUACGGCUGCAUGACAACCCGUCUCUGAAAGACUCUAUCCGGGGAUCGGACACCCUUCGUUGUAUUUAUAUCCUAGACCCCUGGUUCGCUGGAUCCUCCAAUGUGGGCAUCAACAGGUGGAGGUUUUUGCUGCAGUGUUUGGAAGACUUGGAUGCCAGCCUGCGCAAACUCAACUCCCGCUUGUUUGUCAUUAGAGGCCAGCCUACAGAUGUCUUCCCUCGUCUAUUUAAGGAAUGGCAGAUAAACCGUUUAUCUUAUGAAUAUGACUCUGAGCCUUUUGGCAAGGAACGUGACGCUGCCAUCCAAAAACUAGCCAAUGAGGCUGGGGUGGAGGUCAUGGUGCGGAUUUCACACACCCUCUACAAUCUAGACAAGAUUAUAGAACUUAAUGGCAAUCAGCCUCCACUCACCUACAAACGCUUCCAGGCUGUAAUAAAUCGAAUGGAUGCCGUGGAGAUGCCAGCGGAGACGAUCACAUUUGAGGUUCUUAAGAACUGUGUCACACCAAUCAGUGAAGACCAUGAUGAAAAGUUUGGGGUGCCCUCCCUUGAAGAGCUUGGUUUUGAGACAGAGGGUUUAACCACAGCAGUAUGGCCUGGAGGAGAAACUGAAGCCCUCAUGAGGCUAGAGCGGCAUCUCGAGCGGAAGGCCUGGGUUGCAAACUUUGAGCGUCCACGUAUGAACGCUAACUCUCUGCUGGCCAGUCCAACAGGCCUCAGCCCCUACCUGCGCUUUGGAUGUCUCUCAUGCCGGCUCUUCUACUUCAAACUUACUGAUCUCUACAGAAAAGUCAAGAAGAACCACACACCACCACUGUCCUUAUACGGCCAGCUGCUGUGGAGAGAGUUCUUCUAUACAACCGCCACCAACAACCCCUGCUUUGACAAGAUGGAUGGCAACCCUAUUUGUGUUCAGAUACCCUGGGACCGAAACCCAGAGGCACUGGCCAAGUGGGCAGAAGGACGAACGGGCUUUCCUUGGAUCGAUGCUAUUAUGACCCAGCUGAGGCAAGAGGGGUGGAUCCAUCAUUUGGCAAGGCACGGUGUUGCUUGUUUCCUCACCAGGGGAGACCUCUGGAUCAGCUGGGAAGAAGGCAUGAAGGUUUUUGAAGAGUUGCUUUUGGAUGCAGACUGGAGUGUAAAUGCUGGCAGUUGGAUGUGGCUUUCUUGCAGUUCAUUUUUCCAGCAGUUUUUUCACUGCUACUGCCCCGUGGGAUUUGGACGACGCACCGACCCAAAUGGCGACUACAUUCGGCGUUAUUUGCCGAUAUUGAGGGGUUUUCCAGCCAAAUAUAUCUACGACCCUUGGAAUGCCCCAGAGGAAGUACAGAAGGCAGCCAAGUGCAUCAUAGGAGUCCACUACCCCAAACCCAUGGUGAACCAUGCUGAGGCCAGUCGCAUCAACAUUGAGAGAAUGAAGCAGAUUUACCAGCAGCUUUCCUGCUACAGAGGACUAGGUCUGCUGGCAACAGUCCCUGCCAAUUCCAACUUUGGUGGAAAUGGCACUAAUCCCAGAGCAGUCAGCACAGCAACCAAUGAAGGUCCAGCAGGGUCCUCUAAUGAUCCCUCUGUGCAGGUGGGAAUGUCUCAAACAGCAGAAAGAGCACAGUCUGUGCAGAAGCGUCGUCAUGAAGAGACUCCCCUUGAAAGCAGCUCUAAAUCCUGGAAGCAGAGUAAAUAGGGUGCUGAAGGCAGAACAAGGAUUCCUCAGUCUGUCUGUAUCAUCUGGGUAGCAUCCCCCCUGCAUUGCCCCAACUAACGAACAGUAAUAACUAAAAGUACCAACCAUUGUAGAGCUCGAAAGGGAGGGGGGAACUGGAUUUAUCUUCUGUCUCUUGACUUUUAGUCUUAAGAACUCCCUUUAGUACAUGACAUUCAAAUUAUCGGGACUUGGAACAGUCAGCUGUUAACAUGACUGAUCGGACACAUUAUAGAUCUCAGGAAUAGAUGAACAGUUAACAGAAAAAAUCUGCAAAAGGGGUAAAGCAGCAAAUACAGCUGAGUAUAAAAUCUUCACAUCAGGAUGUUGUGAAGCUACCUAUUGUCUUCCACUACAAUAUGUAACUGUACAAAUGCUGAAACUAGUAGCCAGUGCGCUUUACCCCCUCCACACUCCACAUUAGUGAGGUUAGGACAUGAUCAGGCUCUAAUUGGAAGGUGAAACACAAUCAGUGAUUUUCAGAUAGCCUGAUCUGAUGCUUCAGCUUCCACACUGUAUGUAAAAAUGUCAGAAUAAAAAACUAUUUCCAUUAGAGUGACAGAACUGUAGGAGUUUUCUUUGCGUUCAGCUGACACCAUCACUCACUUUUAGUAAACUGACUUAAAGUAAAAUGACCUGGGUAAACUUUCUUUUUAUUUUUUAACAGCGCUCUGUAUCUUUAGUAUCAUUAUUACAUCCAUACAAUAUUGAUUGUAAAUAAGGUUAGCACGUUGUUAAAGCAGGCCAUAGAAAAGGCAUCAUACGUUUUGUAAAUAUUUCUUUUUAAUUUCCAACUUUUGUAUAUUUGGUAACAGGACCUCAAAAUUCCUUUGUAAAUACAGCUACCAAAAUAAACUCUGGGGCGAAAAAAGUUCUCUGAAAAUGUGCACCCCCCCACCCCACCCCCCCCUUCUCCCAUGUGAUCAUAAAUCUGUUAUUUUUGUAUCAAUUACCAAAUUACAAUUGUAUUGAAAUAAAGGAUGAAAUAUUA